UUCAACACCAUCAAUAGACAAGCAACCCUACACAACAUCAAAUCAAUUUGCCCUCCCCUUUACCAGAUUCUCGUGAACACAUAUAGAGCUCCAGUAAGAUGCAUCAUCUGUGGCGACGGGGAGAUCACCUCUUCGGAAGGUACUACACAGGGGGACCCGCUAGCCAUGGCCAUGUAUGCGCUAGCUGUGAAACCACUGAUUGGGGAAUUGAAGUCGGAUGCCCCCGGAGUGAAGCAAGUCUGGUGCCGGCACCUGUGAUGACCUAAGAAAGUGGUGGGACAGUCUGCAAGUACACGGCGCCAGAUAUGGAUACCAUCCUAACGCUUCCAAAACCCAUAUCGUAGUGAAAACCGAGCACGCAGUGAGGGCCAGGGAGUUG